GCACAAGCCACUCUGAAGAACCACCCGUUGGUUUCUCUCUUUCCUGCCAGAGAAAGCCACUGAAAAUAGAGUCGGUCGAGAACUUGUCUAUGUAUUCGUCCUGCGUCAGAGAUUUCGAUCACCACCUGCCGCUCAAGCUGCAAUCGUUUCGCUUCACGUCGAAACCUUGUAGUAGACAUUCGAAGUCCUGUGGCUGAAAGCUUCUGGGCUGCCCUCUAUCGUUCUCGUUCUAAACGAUCGCAAAACAAAAAACCGCCACAAUUCCUUCGCAACUAGGAACCUACGCAUGUCUUGUUCUGACAAGAUAUCCCUGGUCCAGAAUCCUCCCCGCUUAAUAUAACCACCACAAUCAGUUCUCCUGAAGAUCUCUAUCCACCCCAACCGUCAUCAUGGCCACUGUCAACAUUCGUCGGGAUGUCUCCGACCCCUUCUACCGCUACAAGAUGGAGCGCCUGCAGUCGAAGAUCGAGGGCAAGGGCAACGGUAUCAAGACCGUCGUCGUCAACUUGAACUCGGUCGCUCAGUCUCUGGCUCGGCCUCCUGCUUAUGUCAUCAAGUACUUCGGCUUCGAGCUCGGUGCUCAGGCCAACGCUAAGCCGACCGAUGACCGCUGGAUCAUCAACGGUGCUCAUGAUGCCCCCAAGCUUCAGGACUAUCUCGAUGGCUUCAUCUCCAAGUUCGUGCUCUGCAAGAAAUGCAAGAAUCCGGAAACGGAUGUCAACAUCAAGGACGAGAAGAUCUUCUUGGACUGCAAGGCCUGUGGUCAACGCUCCGAGGUCGACUCCCGUCUCAAGCUGAGCACCUUCAUCCUGCGUGAUGUCGCCUCGGGCAAGGGAGGAAAGAAGGACAAGGCCUCGAAGAAGGAUCGCCGCGAGCGUAAGAAGGAGAAGAGUAAGGCAGCCAACGGUGACAGCAAUGGCAGCCCCGGAGACAGCAACUCCGACAAUGGCGAUGAGGAGAGCCCCGAUGCCGCCCUGGAAGCAGGAAGCGACGACGAGCUCACCCGCCGCAUCAAGGCUCAGGCCCAGAAAAUUGAGGCUGAAGAUGAGAUUGACGACGAUGACUGGGCGGUUGACGUCUCUGAGGAGGCCGUCAAGGCUCGUGCCAAGGAGCUUCCCGAUGAUCUCAAGCGCACCCUGGUUCUUGAGGAUGCCGACGAGGACGGUGCCGACGGCCCGUCCGCUUACGAUGAGCUUGGUAGCUGGAUCAUCGACGCUGCCGCCCAGAAGGGUGGCGUCACUGGUGUCAGUGAUGUCGACAUCUACAUGAAGGCCAAGGAGUAUGGCAUCGAGGGCAAGCACAAGACUCUCGCUGUCCUGGCCCAGACCAUCUUCGACGACAAGAUCGUCAAGCAGAUCCCCGCCCGUGCCGGUCUUCUCAAGAAGAUGAUCACUUCCGAGCGUCACGAGAAGGCUUUCCUGGGUGGAACCGAGCGCUUCGUUAGCAAGGACCGCCCCGAGCUGAUCGGGCAGAUCCCUGCUGUGCUCCUGAAGUACUACGAGCACGACCUCAUCUCUGAGGACACCCUCAAGGCUUGGGGUUCCAAGGCUAGCAAGAAGUACGUCGACAUUUCGACUAGCAAAAAGGUCCGCAAGGCCGCUGAGCCCUUCCUCGAGUGGCUUGAAAACGCCGAGAGCGAGGAGGAGAGCGAGGAGGAAGACGAUGAGUAGACUGCCGCCAGCAUGCUGGUUUCUCAGUUCUAGACGUUCGCUUUCGGGAUUCUUGCCUCUUGUUGUUUCUCCGCUU